AACAACAUGGACGACCUUUCGGGUUAAUAUUGUGAAAGUUUUCUUCAUAUUCAAUUCUUGCUUCGUUUGAGAAAUUAAUUGGAAAGCACAUGGAAGCUUUACGUUCUAUGUGAAUCAAGGAAACUGUGGCUAGCUUUUUAGGCAUUUUGAGCUCGCGAAUUUGAAUGUCCAUGGCUUUUGAGCAUUUCCUUGGUAAACGAAACUAAGUCUUUUGUAUAAGAUUUCUAAAGAUAGCUUAUCUUCAACGUUAUGGCACGAAGUGGUUCGAGAUAUGGAACGUUUGAAGAAAGUCAGGAAAGCAGUAGGACAGAGCUUAGAGCUUUUGACGAUCAAAUCAGACGAGAACAAGAAACAGUAAGCGAGAUUAAUUUGAGUUAUGUCAUAGAAGAUUUGAAUGACCAAAACCAUCUAAUCAGAAACCGCCUACCACUUAUAUAUGGAAGAACACUUCAUUGGCUUUCAGAUAAAGGCAAUUUAGGGAUUAUCAUUACAUUGCAUAUUGGUAUUAUUGGACUCUUUAUGCUGUCAAUCACACAAGUGCAUACAUUCUGGAGGACACUUGCACAGUAUUUGGUGUCCUGCGGCAUGUUUGGAGUAGUAGGAGGCUUUGUUAACUGGAUUGCACUUAACAUUUUGUUCGUUAAAGUGCCAGGAGUCUUUGGAAGUGGAGUUUUUGCCAACUGUCAUCAGGAGAUUACUAGAUCUAUUACAAGAAUUUUUAUAAACACGUUUCUCGAAAAGACAUUCUUAGAGCAUUAUAUUGAACAAAAACUUGGACGGCACAUUGUAGAAUUUAACAUUGAGAGACGAUUAAGACAGAUAUUAGAAACAGAAACAGUGGAACAGAUUAUAAAUAAAGAAUUACAUUCUUUUUCACAAUCAUCUGAGGGACAGCUUCUUAUGUUGGCGGGUGUUCGAGCUGUGGCGAUAAAACCCCUUAUACGGCCAUUCAUUAUGGAUAUUGCAGCUGAAAUAAUUCCUGAUCUUAUAGAAAACCUAUAUCAUGAUUCAAAGUAUGCUACUGCUACAAAAUUCAAGCAAGAAAUCAUAGAAUAUUUAUUCCAAGGGAAUAUUAGAGUGAAUGAAGAUCAAGUAACCAAGUUUGUCAAGACACUAAUCUACAGACAUCUGAACUGGAUUAUAAUAACAGGGUGCAUUGUGGGAUUCUUUAUGGGUAUCAUAUCUCAGCUCACAUCUAUAGCCAGAAUCAUCUGACAGUCAUUAUGUAACUAACAUUAUCAUGUAGGGUUUUGAAGCAAAAGUUCUCAGAAGAUUUCUUAGCUUAAAUUUGUACAGUGGUGGCCCCAGUGAUAAACCUUGUGGAAAUUUCAUGAUGGUGAUUCUAUUUCCCAUUCCCAUUGACCAAAAUCUUAGUGCAUCAUAUUCAUAGCAUCAUAGCAUAAACAAAUCAGUGCCCCAUUUUAAAACUUGAAGAUUCUCUCUAGUUGGCAAUUAAUGCUAAAUUGACUUUUGAAAAAGAUAUUUCAUGUGAAAAAAUAAGCUCGCGAGAGAGAGAUUUCUGAGAGAGAUUUUUAAAUUCAAUGAUGGACUUUUGAAAUAUACUUUGAUACAAAUUUAAUAAUAGUCAACACCUAUUUUACAAAGUUGCUGUAUUAAUAUAAGAAAUAUGAGAAAUAG